AUGGCUUGUGUAAUACGGUGUUCCAGAGGCCAAAAAAUAUGUUGUGCAGUGACAACCAUUGUUAUAAUUCUCCUGCUGGUGACACUGGUCGUCUUGUUCCUCACAGUCUUCAAGCCUAAAGACCCCAUAAUCAUCAUACAACCAGUGAAGCUUGAAAGGUUGGAUUCUGUAUUUUUCCCUGUUAUAGAACUCAAUGUGACAUUAGGCAUAGUGGCCACAGUGAAGAAUCGAAACCAUGGAAGCUUUACUUACCAGGACAGUACAGCUUCUGUUAACUAUCGAGGGAAUUUGGUAGGUGAAGCUCCAAUCAAUGGAGACACAGUUCCAGAUCAUGGAGAGCUGAACGUGAGAACAAGUUUGACUUUGCAGGUGGAUGAAUUGUUGAAGAAUAAGAAUUUUCUUGAUGAUUUCAAUAGUGGGGUUGUGAAUUUAACAUCAUCCAACACUUUACAAGGUGAAGUUAAGAUCUUGAAGCUCUUCAAGAAGGAAGCCACAAGCUUGAGCAACUGUGAUAUAUCUGUGUUCAUCAAGAACAAGACUAUUAACUCUACCUGCCAAAAUACAUUGAAAUUCUGA